AUGCCUUCCAGAAGGCAAGUUGGCCAUGGCCUCGCCAAAGCCCUGGGCAUCAAGCUUGAGGAACCAGAGACCGACCAUGUCACGAGGGGAGAGUCCGUCUUCUCGACAAAAACUGCAGACUCGUUCAUCGAGCAACAGCCUACCACUGCGGAGUUCAUAGCCGAGAUCGCGCCAUCGGGAAAAGAUGUGGUUCGCUACCUCAAGUCCCUGUUCCCGUUCCUGUCUUGGAUCGGCUUCUACAAUGUCCAAUGGCUCAUUGGCGAUCUAGUCGCUGGCAUAACCAUCGGUGCAGUUGUGGUGCCUCAGGGCAUGGCAUAUGCCAAGCUAGCCGAGCUUCCAGUCGAAUUUGGACUGUAUUCUUCCUUCAUGGGUGUUCUCAUCUAUUGGUUUUUUGCGACUUCGAAGGAUAUUACCAUCGGGCCUGUUGCCGUUGUUUCGACUGUCACUGGCAGUGUCGUAUCGAAAGUCAUCGCCGAACAUCCCGAAUACGAGGCCACGCCUUGGGUUGUUGCAUCCGCUCUUGCUGUCAUCUGCGGCGCUAUCGUGCUGUUCAUUGGUCUGGUUCGCUGCGGUUGGAUCGUGGAACUGAUUCCCCUGGUCUCUCUUGCGGCCUUCAUGACCGGUUCAGCUAUCAGUAUUGCUGCAGGGCAGGUCCCUACCAUGAUGGGAAUCAAGGGGUUUUCCACGAGAGAUGCGACAUACCUUGUCAUCAUCAACACCCUAAAGGGCCUACCCAGGACCACUUUGGACGCGGCCAUGGGUCUUACGACACUGGCAAUGCUCUACCUGAUCCGUUCCGCAUGUACCUUUGCUGCGAAGAAGUUCCCAAGUCGACAGAAGCUGUUUUUCUUCCUCUCGACUCUCAGGUCGGUUUUUGUGAUUUUGCUAUAUACCCUAAUCAGCUGGCUGGUCAACAAGGACCGUCGAAAGCAUCCCGCUUUUGCCAUUCUCGGAUCUGUUCCAAGAGGGUUCCAACACGCUGGGGUACCGACGCUGAACGCCACUCUUAUAAGUUCAUUCGUUGGCGAAAUUCCGGCGACCGUCAUCGUCCUCCUGAUAGAGCAUAUUGCCAUCUCGAAAUCCUUCGGCCGCGUUAACAACUACGCGAUCAAUCCAUCACAAGAAAUGGUUGCUAUCGGUGUAACGAACGUUCUCGGACCCUUCCUCGGCGGUUUUCCGUCCACUGGAUCUUUCAGUCGUACUGCUAUCAAAUCGAAAGCCGGUGUCCGAACUCCGCUUGCUGGUCUAAUCACCGCAGUCAUAGUUCUCCUGGCUAUUUAUGCGUUGACGGCGGUCUUCUUCUACAUCUCCUCUGCGUCUUUGGCCGCCGUCAUCAUCCACGCUGUCGGCGAUCUCAUUACGCCGCCCAACACGGUUUAUAGAUUCUGGCGCGUGUCGCCAUUGGAGCCAAUCAUCUUCUUUAUCGGCGUGAUCGUCACCGUAUUCUCGACAAUCGAAAUCGGCAUCUACACAACAAUCGCGACCUCGUUUGCCGUCUUCCUUGUACGGUCCCUAAAGGCUAAGGGCCGCUUCCUUGGGAGGGUCAAGGUGCAUUCCGUUCUGGGUGACCAUGUCAUUGGCCACGACAACCGCCCGAUGGGCGAGUAUGGGACCUUCAACUCUUCAGAUUCCAGCCUGUCUCCUCCGACACGCAACGUUUUUCUUCCGAUCGGCCACCCCGACGGCUCCAACCCUGAGGUUGAUGUCGCCAGCCCCUAUCCGGGUAUCUUCAUAUAUCGCUUCUCUGAGGGGUUUAACUAUCCCAGCGUCAGCCACACCCUAGACCACCUCACGACUCACAUUUUCGCCAACUCGCGGCGGACCAAGAUGGAUUCAUAUGCACGGAAGGGCGACCGACCGUGGAACGACCCGGGUCCGAAGAAGGGUCAGCAUGAGGAUCAUGACCUGCCAACUCUCAAGGCGAUCAUCCUCGACUUCAGUUCCGUGAAUAACGUCGAUGUCACCUCUAUACAGCAGUUGAUAGACGUACGCAACCAAUUGGACCGGUAUUCCGCACCCGACGUGGUGGACUGGCACCUUGCGUGCAUCAACAACCGAUGGACAAAACGUGCCCUGGUCUCCGCCGGCUUCGGCUAUCCGUCCGAGCCGGUCGACGGGCAGUCGCGCUGGAAGUCCAUCUUCAGCAUCGCCGAGAUCGGGGGCUCGGACUCCCCGGCGGCGGUGGCGGAAAAUGAGGCUAACGAGAAAGAGACAUCGACGCAUCACACGAAGCCCAACAACACAGCCGGAACCGAGGAGCACUCCCCAGAUGAGAUAGAGGCGAGUAGUUCGAGCACAUCGAACUCGAUCUCCAAGACCAAGUCGGCCGAACAUAGGCGGGGAGAUGCGAGGAGAGUUGUCGUCCACGGGCUCAACCGCCCGCUGUUCCACGUCGACCUCACCAGCGCGCUGCAGAGCGCCAUCGCGAACGUGCAGGCCAGGGACGAAGUCGAGGCCCGAGGCGGGUCCGAUAUUGGCGUUGCCCCUUGA